GAUAAACCCUGCAACAGCUUCUUCUUCUUCCUCUUGAUGUGGGUAGAAGCAAAGUAGCGAACUUUGUUUGUUUUUAUGGAGCUUUUACAUAGCUCUUGCAAUUUCGAAACCCUAACAUUGAUUUCUCCUCCUUUACAAUCUUGUAAAUUUGGUUCAAACUCUCUCUUAUUCUUCUCUCCUCGUCGCGUGACCUUGUUCUCGGGUUACCAACACCACAGUGGCCGCGUAGUUGUUUCGGCCUCUUCGCAGCACGGUGAUUCGAAUCCUAGCAGCUCUAAUUCGUCGCAGGCAAACCACGCCUCUCUCGCGCAGGAUUCUAUUUCUGGGUUUCUCCGACUAGAGAUUGGACUCUCCGAGGUCGAUUCAGAUUUCAUCUCUUCGAAUUGUCCAAAGUACACGAGAAUGAUAGUAGAUGGUGUUAGGGAUUUGGAAGAAUGGAAUUCGUGGAAAGGGAGUAAAGAAUCUGAGGGAAUUGAGGGUUUAGGGUUUAAGGAGAAAGUGAUUUAUAUGGUGAAACAGAAGGGUGAUGGUGGCAAAGUUGCUUUUUUGGAGAGUCUUGGUUUGAGUUUGUCUUCUGCUAUGUAUUUGGCUCAUUACGUCUCCUCUGAAUCGCUUCCCAUUCUUCUCCAUAAGGUUAAGUACCUCAAGGAAAUAUUCUUUUCUGGCAGUGAUGAGAAUGGUCUUGUUGGAAAGUAUGCACGACGCAUGAUGCUUUACUUGUCCAUUCCUAUUGAUGAAGAUGUGCAGCAAACUCUUUCCUUUUUCGAAAAGAUUGAAGCAAGGCGUGGAGGUUUGGACAUGCUCGGUUCUGUAGAUGCAUCAUUCAGAUUUUUAAUCGAGUCAUUCCCUCGGCUUCUUCUACUUUCAGAAGAAAAUGAUAUGAAGCCUAUGGUAGAGUUUCUUGAAAGCAUUGGUAUUCCUAAAGGUUGCUCUGGAAAAGUACUUCUCUUGUACCCUCCUAUCAUGCUCAGCAAAACUGAGGAGAUCAAAAGAAGGGUAGCCGCAGCUCUGGAGAAGGUUCAGGUUAGUGUAGUGAACAAGGAUUCUGGAAAAGUAUUGCAGAAGUAUCCGUGGCUUCUUUCACCAAGCGUACAAGAGAACUAUUCCCAUAUCGUCUCAUUUUUUAACAGUGAAUCGGUGCUCAAAAUGGAUAUUGACCACGGAAUUAGGAGAUGGCCUUUGCUUCUCGGUUGCUCAGCGAGCAAUAUGGAGAUGAUGGUGAAGGAAUUUGAUAAAUUAGGUGUUAGAGAUAAAAGAAUGGGGAAGGUUAUACCCAAGAUGCCUCAGCUUUUGUUAUGUAAACCCCAAGACUUUCUUAAGGUUGUUUGCUUUUUGGAAGAUUUGGGAUUUCAAAAGGAAAUCGUUGGUCAAAUACUCUGUCGAUGUCCUGAAAUAUUUGGCUGCAGCAUUGACAAUAAUACCCUGCAGAAAAAGCUCAGAUUUCUCACUCGUUUUGGUGUUUCAUCUACGCAUUUUCCCCGAAUCAUAAAGAAAUACCCGGAAUUUCUCAUAUACGACGCAGACAAAACACUACUUCCACGACUAAAGUACUUAAUGGAGACUGGGAUAUCAGAGAGAGAGCUUGCCUUCAUGAUUCGCAAGUUCUCACCGCUAUUAGGAUACAGCAUCGACAAAGUGUUGAGACCAAAGUUAGAGUUUCUGUUGAACAGUAUGGAGAAGUCGGUUAGAGAGGUAAUAGAAUACCCGAGGUACUUUAGUUACUCGCUGGAGAAAAGGAUAAAACCGCGGUUUUGGGUACUAAAAGGGAGGAACAUAGAAUGUACAUUACAGGAAAUGUUAGGCAAAAACGAUGAAGAGUUUGCUGCUGAUUUCUUAGGUUUAGGAGAGCUUCAGCAAACUCACCACGAAACCUAUUAGUUAUAUAUAUAUAGGCCAAAAGUUUCUUUGAGAAGAUCACUAUGUUAUGAGAUUGGUGAUAUCUCUGAGAAGCUUCUUCAGUUUUGUCUGUGUGCAUUGUUCAUAUAGCCGCUAGUGUAUGUACUUACUGUUCUUGUCUACAAAAAAAAGAAAGUUGAAUAAAAAAAAUUCAGUUUAUGAGUGUGUCUGUACCGGUUAAUUUUCAGUUUUGUGAACCCGGAUCGGUUUGGUUUGAUGUAUGUGGACUGGGUCCUUUUAGGAUAAUUGUAUGGGCCUAAAUUCGGAAACAG